GCAGGCAAAUACACGAGGUCUACUUUCCAUAGCGGACGUGUCGACUGCCGUGGAACACUGUGUGUGUGUCCUCCACUGUUCGUGUGUCUCCGGCCUCAUCCCGCUCUCCGUCCAUGAUUCGGAGCUUAAAACUCGAAAAAGAAACGGAGCGGAACUGACCAAACUACUGAAGAACUUUCCCAACCCCCUCUGUGAUCCGUCUCCGCAAGAACCGGCCCGGUUCGGAGCGAUGAACCUGCCUCGUCCGGACGAGUUCCAGCCGCCGCCGGAGUGCCCGGUGUUUGAGCCGAGCUGGGAGGAAUUCGGUGACCCGUACGCCUUCAUCAAUAAAAUCCGACCCAUCGCGGAGAAGACCGGGAUCUGCAAGGUCCGACCGCCUCCGGGCUGGCAGCCGCCAUUUGCCUGUGAUGUUGACAAACUUCAUUUUGUUCCUCGAAUCCAGAGACUCAAUGAGCUUGAGGCCCAGACCCGGGUCAAACUCAAUUUCUUGGACCAGAUUGCGAAGUUCUGGGACCUGCAGGGAUGUGCCCUGAAGAUUCCCCUUGUGGAGCGAAAGAUUCUCGACCUGUAUAAGCUCAAUAAGCUGGUGACAGAAGAAGGCGGAUUUGAACUUGUGUGUCGGGAAAGACGCUGGACCAAGAUAGCCGUGCAGAUGGGCUUUGCUCCAGGCAAGGCUAUCGGAUCACACCUACGGGGACACUACGAAAAAGUCCUCUACCCCUACCAUCUGUUCCAGACUGGAGCCAACCUGCUGGCACCAGAGGCUGAUCCAGAACUGGAGCAGUGUGUCCAGAAGCAGGCCCAGACCCCGCAGAAGCUGGUCCAGAAAGAUGAGCCAGUGGAGCCUCUUGAGUCCACGGAGACCCCCGAGAGACUCAGCGACCAUGCAGAGCAGAAGCCUACUCUGGAGCCGUCGGUCCAGACUCCUGAGCCCAGUCCUGGCGCCGACGUCAGUCCUGGAGCUGGCUCUGGUGCUCGCCGAGUGAAACGUGUCAAGGCCGAGCUGGUCAGCGUGAAGAUAGAACCUGAGGAUCCCAAUGAGAACCGGCCAAACCUGCGCAGAAGGAUGGGUUCUCUCGUGGCUAAAGUGGAACCUGGCCAGACUCCUGAACCAGAAAAAGAAAGUCCCAUCCCAGUUAAACAGGAACCGGUUGAGCUGAAGGAACCUGUGGCGGAAGUGAAGCCACGCAGCAAGAAGCCCCUCCCCCCUGCCUCUCCGAGUCCUGUGGACCUGGUGGUGUGCUUGGUCUGCUCCAGCGGCGGCGAUGAAGACCGCCUGCUGUUGUGUGAUGGAUGUGACGACAGCUACCACACCUUCUGUCUCAUCCCGCCUCUGCACGACGUCCCCAAAGGAGACUGGCGGUGCCCCAAAUGUCUGGCUCAGGAAUGUAGCAAACCUCACGAGGCGUUUGGGUUCGAGCAAGCGUAUCGAGAUUACUCCCUGCGGGCGUUCGGGCAGAUGGCCGACGCCUUCAAGUCUGAUUAUUUCAACAUGCCGGUCCAUAUGGUUCCUACGGAGCUGGUGGAGAAGGAGUUCUGGCGUCUCGUCGGAGCCAUCGAGGAAGACGUCACCGUGGAGUAUGGAGCCGAUAUUGCCUCCAAGGAGUUCGGUAGCGGAUUCCCGAUUCCCAACGGACGGUUCAAGGUGUCCCCUGAGGACGAGAAGUACCUCAAGUGCGGCUGGAACCUCAACAACCUGGCGAUGAUGAACCCUUCAGUUCUGACCCAUGUGACCGCAGACAUCUGCGGGAUGACUCUGCCCUGGCUGUACGUGGGCAUGUGCUUCUCGUCCUUCUGCUGGCACAUCGAGGACCACUGGAGCUACUCCAUCAACUACCUGCACUGGGGGGAACCAAAAACCUGGUACGGAGCGCCUGGCUUUGCUGCGGAGCAGCUGGAGGAAGUCAUGAGGAAGCUGGCGCCGGAGUUGUUCGAGUCCCAGCCGGACCUUCUGCACCAGCUGGUCACCAUCAUGAACCCAAACACACUGAUGGCUCACGGUGUCCCGAUCUACAGAACCAACCAGUGCGCCGGAGAGUUCGUCGUCACCUUCCCCCGGGCCUACCAUAGUGGCUUCAACCAGGGGUUCAAUUUUGCUGAGGCGGUCAACUUCUGCACGGUGGACUGGAUGCCACUGGGCCGCCAGUGUGUGGACCACUACCGCCUGCUCCACCGCUACAACGUCUUCUCCCAUGACGAGAUGGUGUGCAACAUGGCCUCCAAGGCCCAGACUCUGGACGUGGUCCUGGCUUCAGCCGUCCACAAGGACAUGGCCAUGAUGAUCCGAGAGGAGAAGGAGCAGCGAGACCAAGUGAAGAAGCUGGGUCUGCUGCUCAGCCAGGAGGCCCAGUACGACCACCUGCAGGACGACGAGCGCCAGUGCAUCAAGUGUCGCACCACCUGCUAUCUGUCGGCGGUCACCUGCCCCUGCAGCCCCGGCCUGCUGGUCUGUCUGCACCACGUGGACAGCCUCUGCUCCUGCCCCAUCUCCAGCUACACUCUCAAUUACAGGUACACCAUCGAUGACUUGUACCCCAUGAUGAAUGCAGUGAAGCAGCGCGCCGAGCAGUACGACGCCUGGGCGACGCGUGUGACCGAGACCCUGGAGGCCAAACUGGAGAAGAAGAGAGGUCUGCCUGCUUUCCGCUCCCUUCUCUCGGAAUCCGAGGCCAACGCCUUUCCCGAGAACGACCUGCUGAGACGUCUGCGACUGGUCACCCAGGAUGCAGAGAAGUGCGCCACGGUGGCUGAGAAGCUGCUGACGGGGUCUCCUCACACCAGAUUCCGAGUGGGUUCCGGUCGGUCCCGAAGUCAGCUGACGGUGGAGGAGCUCAGCUCUUUUGUCAGGCAGCUGUAUAACCUGUGCUGCAGCCUGCCGCAGGCCCCCCGGCUGAAGGAGAUGCUGAACCGUGUGGAAGACUUCCAGCAGCACAGUGAAAAGGUUCUGGCCGAUGUGGAGCCCAGCGUAACUGAGAUCCAGAGUCUGCUGGACGUCAGCUUCCAGCUGGACGUGGAGCUGCCCGAGCUGCCACGGCUGCGUGCCAGACUGGAGCAGGCGCGCUGGUUGGAGGGGGUGCGGAGCGCCAGGGCCCAGCCCGCCACCUUCACCCUGGAAACCAUCCGGCGCUUCAUCGACCAGGGCGUGGGCCUGGAAGCUCACCCCUCCGUGGAGAGGGAAGUGGCUGGUCUGCAGGAGCUGCUGACCGUGUCGGAGCAGUGGGAGGAGCGGGCCAGCCGUCUGCUCAAGUCCAGGCCCCCUCACUCCAUGGAGACGCUCAGUGUGGCUGCAGAGAAGGCCUCCACUGUCCCAGCUCAGCUGCCCAACUGCCACCUGCUGAGAGACGCCGUCAGGAAGGCUCACGACUGGCUGCAGGAGGUGGAGGGCCUUCAGGCUGGCGGCGGGUCGCUGAUGCUGAACCAGCUGUCUGACGCUGUGCUGCGGGGACAGGCCAUCCCGGUGGUGCUGGAGCCGCUGGAGCGCCUGGAGUCUUCACUGGCAGAGGUCAACAAGUGGAGGACGUCUUUGGCUGCACUGUUUCUCCACAAGGACACCAGUGUGAACCUCCUGGAGGUUUUGUGUCCACGGUCCGAUCUGGACCAGGACAGUUCUGUGAGGAGGAAAAAGAAGGCAAAGAAGUACUCCAGGCCCAAGGUUGUCAGCGAUGUGGAGAAGAGUCUGUCGGAGUCACCAGACCCGUCCUCGGCGGCGUCCUUUCUGGAGCAGCUCCGUCUCAGAGAAUUGGACUCGGUCUCUCAGGUCCGAGCGGCAAACGAGUCCAAGCUCCUCCCCUCGGCCGCCUGCUCGGAGCUGAAGGUGUGCGUGUGCCAGAAGGCGCCCAUGGGUGCCAUGCUGCAGUGCGAGCUGUGCCGAGACGCCUUCCACAGCGUGUGUGUCCGUGCCGCCUCCGACCCUCCGGACCCGCAGCCGUGGCUCUGCCCGCUGUGCCGGGCGCACGAGAAGCCCGCCCUGAGCGAGGUUCUGCCCCUAGUGGAGCAGUUACAGCACUUGGGUGUGAGGCUGCCUGAGGGAGACGCACUGCACUUCCUGGUGGGGAGGACGGAGCGCUGGCAGCACCGAGCCCUGAUGGCGUCGCAGCUGCACGGCCUGCCCUCGCUGGAGGAGCGGUCCGGGAGUCGCAGCGCCACCUCUGGCCAUGAUGCGCAGAAUAUCAGUCCUGAGUGGAGCCAGAACAGGAACCAGAACGUCUUUUAUACAGAACAGCGCUGCCUGCCUUUACAGACUUUGAGCCCGGACCUGGAGCAGUUAAUGGUGGAGGGUCUUCUCCUGCCGGUUUCUCUGCCCGAGGUUCAGAACAUGUUCUAUGCUCUUCUGGACUGGACGUCGAGUCAGGAGUCCAACAAAUACGGAGACCCACAGCAGCAGGGAGACUCUCAGGGACACCAGGCGGCGGAUCCUGGAAGGCGAGAUGCUGCAGGGCAGGACGGCAGCACGGACAGCAGCUCAGAGAAGAAGACAAAACGACAGCUGGAGCGUCUGAACGUGGACCAGAACCACAAGAGGCAGAAGAGGAGUCAGAAGCUGCAGAGGUCGUCGUCCCCUCGGUCGGACUUCUCUCAGUCCGAGGACUCAGACGAAGACAUGGCGGCGUGUCCUGCCGACCGGUGUCUGCUGCCGGAGGGGGACGAGGUGAACUGGGUCCAGUGUGAUGGCAGCUGCAACCAGUGGUUCCACCAGGUGUGUGUGGGCGUGUCCUCACAGAGGGCGGAGACUGAGGACUACAUUUGUGCAACGUGUUCACGGAACAAUGGACCCAAACGAAAAUGAAACCCACCCGUCCUCUGUAAUUUUUAAACAACGGUGCUAUUUUCUUCUCUUGUUUUUUGUACUUUUACAUUUUUAUUAGUUCUUUGUCUGAUCUUUUUUGUGUUUGUUUACGUAUGAAAAAAAAAAAACAGUGCUGCAUGAUCGACGACAUCAUGACAUCACUUCCUGUCUCUCCCUUCCCUCUCGGCUGCAUGUUCAACUCGUCUGCGUCGUUUUUUUUGCAUCUUAAAAUAUUUGUUUUUUUGUAGAAUAGUGUUUAUUUAUCGGAGCAAUAAUUCCGUCGGUGGUUUGGUGUUUUAACGAUCACGUGAUGUUCACAGUAGAGGCGGAGUUGUCCAGAGGGGCGGAGUCACAGGAACCCAGAAUGAAUCUGUGAACAAAAUAAAUGUGGGAAUGUGAAAUACAAAAAGAUAUUGAUAAAUAUUUAAACGGUUGAAAUACUUUUCUUUUUUUAUGGUAUACCUGCCUAGAAAUAAUAUUAAUAUUUAUUCCCCUUUGUUUUUCUUCUCUAUCACUUCAGCUCAGAAUAAUAAAACUAUUUAAAAAAUGUUCAAUAAUUCAUCACUAUCGUCUCACUUCAGUUUUCUUAUUUAUUUAUAUAUAUAUAUAUAUUGACUUAUAAAUACUGGUUGGGUUAUUUGAAUUCCACCUUUAAUCUCUGUUUAUUUUGUGUUCAGGUGAAUUCUGGUUUUUGUGACGAUGCUGAAGAGUUUUUAACGAUUUGAAAUUGUGGAAUAAAAAUGAUUU